UACACCACCACGGCGGCACGGCUUACAGAUUACAGCGAACUAUAAAAGUGCAAGUUCGUUGUGGUGGUUCGUUGCUUACUGCUUAUUAUUAUUAUAUAUAUUUUAGGAAAGUACCUACAGCCAACAGGUUUCCGUUCGGUUAUUUUUAACUUCCGUUGGUUAAUUUUACAUAGACGAUUAUUAUUUUAAUGCCUAACCAUCAUAAGUCUUAACUGUCAGUUUCUUGCCGGUGCACCUGUAUUGUGUUUCGAUUUGACACCGACAAAGGAUAAUAUAUUAUUCUAUUUUUUAAAACACCAUCAGUCAUGGAUUCGGAGAUACCACAUCAUUUAUUAAUCGUUAUGGUCCACUCAUUGGUGGUGGAUGGUGGCGACCCCAAAUUAAAAAGUGACGUACUACAACAUCUACUAUCUCUGACGGCUGACAAAUAUAAAGAAAACAAAGUAAUCGUGGAUAAUAUUGACGAAUUGCUUAGAGGACUUUUCAAAGUUUUGGAAACCGACAGAGCCAAUGCCAAUACAGCCUGUUUGUGUUUGGUCAAUAUUUCGUCUAAAGAAAAUGGUCUGAAAAAAAUAAUGUUAUUUUUAAACAGUAACAUUGGUUCAAAUGGCUCGGGAAUCAUAUCAAAAAUAACACAAUAUAUUGAUCAACAAACACCAGAGAUUGCUAGUUCAGUAUUGAAGCUGUUGUGCAACCUGACGCGUGAAAAAAAUCAUGCCAUUCAAGUGUAUGAAGCAUUUGGAGAUCAAACCACAACAUUAGAAUCGUUUAUGAAGCUGUUCAUCACCCGAGAUGUACAACAUGAAACAAAUUAUGAUUAUAUUUCAUAUUUAUUAUCAAAUUUAUGUCAGUUACAUGAAGUAAGAAUGUGGUUAAUGAAUAAUGAUAAUUUACAAAAAUUAUUUCCAUUUUUAAAUUUAAACAAUUCACUUCGAAGAGCUGGUGUCAUCAUGACUAUAAAAAACUGUUGCUUUGAACUAGAAAAGCAUGAAUGGUUAUUAAGCGAGGAUUUAGAUUUGUUACCUCGCCUUCUUUUACCACUAGCUGGCCCUGAGCAGUUUGAUGAAGAAGAUAAUGAAAAACUACCAUUGGAUUUACAAUAUCUACCUGAUGAUAAAGAACGUGAACCAGAUUCAGAUUUACGGUUGGCACUGUUACAAGCUUUGACUCAGUUGAGUGCUAAAAGAAAAUGCAGAGAAAUAAUCAGAGAUCAAGGAACUUAUCUUAUUUUAAGGGAACUUCACAGAUGGGAACCCAAUAUGGAAUUGAAAUUAGUAUGUGAAAAUCUAGUGGACAUUUUAAUCAAGACUGAAGAUGAAAUAGGCACAGAUAAUUUCCAUGACUUAGAAGUACCUGAAGAUUUAUUAGACAAGUUUAAAAAAAUGGAUGAAGCGUAUUUAAGUUGACAUCAAUUCCAAUAUAAUUUUAAUACUGUGUGUUAAUAUUUUUAGUUUUCUGAAUGUAUGUAUUUGGUUUUAUGUCAUAAUAACAUAAUAUUUCUUAUUUUAUUGAUAAUCGAUUACACAAAUUACAAACUAUACAGUAUUUGUUAAUGA